UUAGUAAAUAUAAACUGCUGAAUACCUUUUCUCAUCAGCAGUUAGAGCAGUCUUGUGAUUUCUAUCAGUGUCCAGCAGAGCACUGGUUAAAGCUUGUAGAAGGAAUUUUCAUCCUGCCCUGAUUGUUCUAUGGACAAUGCUGAUUGGCCCUGUGCUGAUCACAUGCACUCACACAUGCAAAAAACAAACAACAUACACCAAACAGAGCAUGUGCAGCUUGCCCCAAGGCUCUGUUCUAUCAGCAGACGGAUUGGGACAUUAGAAGAAGAGGUGGGUCAGAGAAGAUAGGAUCAAACA